AUUAAGUGGUUGCACCCUCUUUCAGAAUCGGGUUUGGCACGCCAUUGUAAUAAGGAGUAACUUUUAAAUCACUGAGUGGACUUACAGAGCUAGAAUUCCUUCUAAUUUAUCCAAAUAUAUAUCCACGGUAUAUCAACUUGUCCCGCAAUGGCUACAGACUCCUGGGCGCAGGCCGUGGAUGAGCAGGAAGCCGCCGCAGAAUCGAUCAGUAGUCUUCAAAUAAAGGACAAACCAGAAGAGAACGGUACUGUUUCUAAUGCCACAGAACCCAGCAGUGGGGCUGCAAAAUCAGAAGCUGAUGGCAAAACCAAAACUGCAGACGAGGAUGACAAAGAGGACAAGGCGGCACAAUCACUGUUAAACAAGCUGAUACGAAAUGAUCUUGUAAAUACAACAAAUCAGGUGGAAGUUCUCCAGAAGGAUCCAAACUCUCCGCUGUACUCUGUGAAGUCCUUUGAGGAACUACGGCUCAAACCACAGCUUCUUCAGGGCGUAUAUGCCAUGGGGUUCAACCGACCAUCUAAAAUCCAAGAAACCGCCUUACCCAUGAUGCUCGCUGAGCCUCCACAGAAUCUGAUCGCUCAGUCUCAGUCAGGAACGGGGAAAACGGCUGCCUUUGUCCUGGCGAUGCUCAGCCACGUCGACCCAAACAACAAAUACCCCCAGUGCUUGUGUGUGUCACCAACAUAUGAACUGGCGCUUCAGACGGGUAAAGUCAUCGAGCAGAUGGGCAAAUAUUAUCCUGAAGUCAAAUUAGUCUAUGCUAUUAGAGGGAAUAAGUUGCAACGAGGCAUGAAGCUGCAGGAGCAGAUAGUCAUUGGUACACCUGGUACAAUGCUGGACUGGUGCAGUAAAUUCAAAUUUAUAGAUCCCAAGAAGAUCAGAGUGUUUGUGUUGGACGAAGCCGACGUGAUGAUUGCUACACAGGGACACCAGGAUCAGAGCAUCCGGAUCCAGAGGAUGCUGCCCAAAAACUGCCAGAUGUUGCUGUUCUCAGCCACGUUUGAAGAGAGCGUUUGGUCCUUCGCUCAGCGCAUCGUGCCGGACCCCAACAUCAUCAAGCUGAAGAGAGAAGAGGAGACGCUGGACACCAUCAAGCAGUACUAUGUGCUCUGCAACAGCAAGGAAGAGAAGUUCCACGCCCUCUGCAACAUCUACGGAGCAAUUACCAUCGCUCAGGCUAUGAUCUUCUGCCAUACAAGGAAAACUGCAGGUUGGCUUGCAGGAGAGCUGUCUAGAGAAGGCCAUCAGGUGGCGCUGCUCAGUGGAGAAAUGCAGGUGGAGCAGAGAGCCGCUGUAAUUGAACGCUUCCGGGACGGAAAGGAGAAAGUCCUUGUGACCACAAAUGUCUGCGCUAGAGGCAUUGACGUGGAGCAGGUGUCUGUGGUGAUCAAUUUUGACUUGCCAGUCGACAAAGAUGGUAACCCCGACAACGAGACGUACCUCCACAGGAUCGGACGCACGGGCCGAUUUGGGAAGAGAGGUCUGGCCAUCAACAUGGUGGACAGCAAGAUGAGCAUGAACAUCCUGAGCAGAAUCCAGGAGCAUUUCAAUAAGAAAAUCGAAAGACUAGACACUGACGAUCUGGAUGAAAUUGAGAAAAUCGCCAGCUAAAGGAAACCCGUGACCAAGCGGAGAAAGCUCCACUUCCCUCCUCACUCCCCCCAGGGACUCCACGCUUCUAUGAUAUUUUAGGCUUUUAUUUUUUUAUUCCAUCUGUCAGAGAGAAGUGCAGAACCACACCACAGCUCAUAUGUUUACAUGUGGACGCGUCUCCUUUCAGACAAAUGUUUUAGUACAUUUCUGGAACAUACCCUCUUUCACUCUUUGUAUACUUUUUAACGGGUAUAAUAAAGUCUGUAAAUUGAAAGCCUUGUUUGGAUCUUAAUGCUCUAUAAGCAAUUGAGUUAUUUUUUUAAUAAGUUUUCUGUGUUUUAUAAAGAUUCACAAGUUCCAAAUUGAAAAUUUAAAGGUGCCACAAGUGUAGGUACAAAGAGUGAAGUUGGGUAUGCUGCUCCAAUUCAUUCAAUUUAUUUUUUUUCAGAUGGUGAGGGUUAGGGUUAGGUCUAUGCAAACUUAAUCUGUGAUAAUUAUCAGAUGCUAUUAAUAUCUAUUCUCAGAACACAAAUUGAUCUUAAAAUGACCUCGUCUUCAGCAUCAGGGUGUGUAGAAUGAUACUAACUCACUGGCAUAAAGCUGUGUCUUGGUUUAGCCAAUGAUCAUUGCCAUUAACGCAUCAUUCACAUCAUUUUUAAAAGCCAGGAUUGUUGCCAUCACAACAGUCCUGGCAUUCAUUAAUGAAGCCGUCUUGUUUCUUCAUCAGGCUCAUAAAAUCUCAUUUAACUCCAAAACGUGACCUGCAGGGUCUGGUGUGCGUUUUUCUUUCCAUGUUUCCGCUCUCCCAUCCAACUUUCUAAUCAGGGUCUCCAGUUCGGACCUCGGCUCAGUUCCCCUUCUUCACCCAGACUGUGUCAUUUUAAAAGGAUUGUGAAUUACAAAAUAAAUACGCAAUGCCUUCCUCAAGUGCAUUAUAGGAUUUUGAUAGUGCUAUUUUAAGACAUUGGGCUUAAUUAUUCUGACUAACACUUGAAAUUUUGAUAUCUAUACAGUAUAUAUUGAAUUAUGGGAAGCCUUUAAUGGGUGUGGGAAUUAUCUUUUUGAAACCAAAUGCUGAUUUGAACUGAAGGACCUAUACUAAUCAGACUCGCUGUGUUGCGUGAAAAGAGAACAUGUACUUGUGUACAUAUUUAAAAAUAUAUAUAUAUAAAUAUACAAAUCUGAAGUAUUUACAUUUGUCACUUCUAAGAAGUGCAAAAAUCAUUCUUAAUGAGGGUUAUUACUGAUAGACUACAGUACCUUGCAAAGAAUUCAUAUCUCCUGAAUUUUUAAACAUGUAUUGGAUUUAUGCAAGAUUGUAAUCAUGAAUUGAAGGAAUAGAUUCUUCUGAGCUAAAUCAGCCCCUCUGAUUUAUAGAACCAACUUUCGCUUAGCACAUAUUCUCAAUUAGAUGCCACUGUGCAGUUCUUUAGGCUUUUCUUCUCGUUGGACGGUGGAUGUUAUGCAGUAAUAUUAGGAGCAGAUGCAAAUUAAACCAAUCUUUCCAGGGUUUUUUUUUUUUGUAUCCAUUUAAAAAAUAAACCCUUAUCUUUUUAAUUUGCACCACUCUAUGAACUUAAAACCCAAACGAAUGCUGCCACGUGUUUGCAGGGAGUUAUGUAACCUGGGGAGAUGAAUGACUUUGCGAGGUACUGUUGAUCAUUUUAUCUUAAAUCAGUCGGGUGACUGUUUAAAACAAACUAAAAAAAAAAUCAAUAUGUCUGAUAUUACCGCCUGGAUCAUCAGCACGGUGGUAGCCUGGACUGUUAAUGGACUUCUUGCUCAAACUAGCUGAAUGGAU